AUGGUUACUCUCAUGGAUGUGACAUCCAAGUUGGGCGAGAACUUUUUGCGGCAAAAGUCCGAAGAUCCCUGUGGUGCGAUUCCUCUUCCCCAGCUGCCACGCCUGAUUCCAGCUCCGGAUUUUCUUUCGGGUCUGCGACCGUCGUGUGCGUCUUUCAUUCUACCGCCUCCACCUCCUCUUGAAUCACAUUUGCCCUUCGAAAACUCACCCGUGCUUCUGUCCCAGUCUGUCGACCCUCUUCUACCUUCUACAACCGUCAUGCGCUCCUCUCCAUUCACGAAUUCCUCCCCUUCGUCGGAACAGAAACCAAGGACAGAAGUUCCCGAGUCGGACAGACUAUCAGUUGUUGUUGACUACUCUGACGGUCAACUCGUAGGAUGUAUGUUGCUCUCGGUACAUGAUAAGUCGUGUGAUCAAGGUCUGGUACCGACCUGUCAACUGGAGUUGUUCAGCAUAAUCCCCAGAUCUUGUUCUUCUGGUAGUCACAGCGGUAAUCGACCACCACCUCUCGUUCUGCGACCAUCAUGCCGACUACUGGCCCGAAUCGCGCCAAGCUUCAGGGAAUUCUCGCGCCUGAUCGGUGUUAGCCAUGGCGACCACUUCGGUUCUGCCCAAAAUGAAACGAUGGUCGCAAUCAACGGCCUGCGCAAACACGAGGGACAACGGAUCUCGUCGGCGGAUAGCCAGCUUAUGUUCCAAGUUGUCUACCUAUGUGGCCUACGUAAGCGCACGGGCAGUUAG